AUGUAUAACCUACCAGCACUCUUUCUAGCCUGCUGUUCGCUGCUGGCGCCGGCGACAGCAAAGCCAGUCGUCCACGCCGUGGCACCGGUCCGUCCCGCGCCACGGGAUGCGCAGCUCUACUCUCACCAUACCAAGAGGGCCAUGGUGAAGCGUGAUGCGAACACGACCUUCGACAUGUCCUUCGAGGCCAAGAACGUGACCUUGUUCUCUGGCGACUGGCUCAACCUAGGCCUACCCUUCUCCCUAGACCUGACCUGCGUCGAGUGCCGCACGUGGGGCAACCUCGUCGCCUCCGUCGAGUUCCCCGAGGACCUCGGGGACCUCCUCGACGACCUGGCGGACUUCAACCCCCUGAACGACGCCAGCCUGACCGUGGCCUUCGAGGGCGUCGGCGCCCUCGUCGACUUGUCCCUGACUGUCGGCGACAAGGGCUCCUUCACCAUCCCGCUCUUUGUGUCUCAGACGCCGCUUGGUGUAGCGGGCCCCGGAUUCCAAGUCGGCAUCGUCUUCAGCGUGGACCUCGUCUUCAGCGUCACGGGCGAGAUCACGACCGAGACCGGCUUCCAGGUCACCAUCCCCGACGACUCUUCUUUUACCAUGCCUUUGGACCCUACCAUCGCCAACACCGCCAGAUUCAACGGCACAACCACAACCCUCCUCCCCCUAACCGUCGACGCCCCCGGCUCCCUAAGCAUCGCCCUGCGCCUGCGCGUGCAAGCCGGCCUCGACCUCCCUUCCUCCCCCCUCCUCGACGCCCAGGCCCUCGCGGGCGCCUACCUCAACAUCCCCGAGAUAAUCCUCAGCGAGGAGUUCACCAGCACGCCCCAGCCCUCCAACGAGAGCGCGCUCGCCAACUGCCUGCUGCCCGCCUCCGCCGAGAUCAACAUCAACGCCGGCGUCUUCGUCGACAUCGGCGCCGACAUCGGGAACCUCGAGAUCGACCUGCUGAACCCCACGCUGAGCACCACGCUGUUCAGCGCCGCGGCGACCACCUGCUUCUUGAGCGCGGGGCAGCAGGAGCCGGCGCCGACGGCGUACCCCAUGAUGGGGACCGGGUACGCGGCGCCCCCCGCCAUGGGCACAGGCUACGGCACAGGCGGCGCCUAUCCCGCCGUCACCCCCGCGCCCGCGCCAGCCGACUGCCCCGUCCCCCUAACCACCGAGACAGCCAGCACCCUGCGCACCUUCUCCAUCACCUCCUGCGCCGCAGCCGUCGCCAACUGUCCGGGCAGCCUGACCCAGGUGAUCGUCGUCGCGGAGCCGACGCCCGCCACUACCGUCAGGUGCCCCGUGACCCUCAGCCCGACCACGCUCACACCCACACCCAUCGCCGCGCCGCCGUACGCGAACACGACGACCGUGGCGACGGGCGGGGGCAACAUCGCGCUGACGAGCCUCGAGUCGCCCGUCGUCAACACGCUGACGAUCGACCCGUCGGUCGUGGCGCCGGACGCGACUGCCAUCACUGGCGCUCCGAAGGGGGGGGAGAUACCGGUCUCGGCGGCGGCAUCUACGCCUGUGUCCGAGCCGCCCGCGUAUAUGCCGGUGACGGGUGCGAAGGGUGUAGCGGAGACGGAGACGGAGACGGCGACGGCGACGGAGACGAUGGAGAGUGCGAGGACGGUGGUGGUGGAGGUCACGACGACGUACUAUACCACCGUGGAGGCGACGACGUGUUCUGCGAGUGCGAGUCCGAGUGAAAGUGUGGUGGCGGCGGGAUACGCGGUGUGA